CACAACACAUGUGCGGCAGUUAAACAGAAAAUAUGGUGCGCAAACUAAAAUAUCAUGAGCAGAAACUGCUCAAAAAAGUCGACUUUAUUACAUGGAAAAUUGACAAUAGUGCGAAGGAGAACAAGGUAUUGCGACGCUUUCACAUUCAAAAGCGAGAGGACUACACAAAAUACAACAAACUCUCUCGGGAAGUACGCGAUCUAGUGGAGAAAAUAGCAAAGUUAGACGCAGCAGAUCCUUUUAAGGCCGAAGCAUCAACCAUGUUGCUAAACAAACUCUAUGCCAUGGGUGUUGCUAAUAACGAUGUGUCCUUGGAACACGCGAGCAAGAUAUCGGCUAGCCACUUUUGUCGACGCCGUUUGCCCGUCGUAAUGGUCAAGAUUAAAAUGGCAGAGAACCUUAAGACCGCCACUCAGCUAGUAGAACACGGUCAUGUUCGGGUGGGACCAGAAGUUGUUAAAGAUCCAGCUUUUCUCGUCUCCAACACCCUCGAAGAUUUUGUUACAUGGGUCGAUAGCUCCAAAAUUAAGGAACAUGUGCUACGUUACAACGACCUACGGGAUGAUUUUCAAAUGUAGCGGCCUUUUAGUUUUACAAUUGCACUUAGUUUUAAUUACAAGGAAAUAAAAAAAUUACAUUAAUUUGACAAUA